AUGUUCAGCCAGCAUUUAUGGUUCCUGGUCAAUGCGCUGUCGUUGGGUGGAAGAGUAAGUUGGCGCUUUUGUUAGGAAAAAACGAAUGUAUAUAGUACUGGCGGAAAAAAAUUUUGAAUCUUUGUUUAUUCCUGUGUUUAUUAAGCGUAUAUACAUGUGCAAAUCGAGUACGGUGGAGAAAUUAUACACCCCUGCAAAGAAGGGGAAAAAUGGAGAUGACGGAGCGGUCUGGGAGGGGUUUUUAAUGUCGCAGGAUUCAGCUUGGCACAAAUUUAGAUUAUUUUUGGGAAGUAUGUGAAAUUUCCGCCGAUUUGGUCUAGAGGGCAUCUAGAGAAGAGGACACCAAGCGAAAAGGUACCCAACGAGGACUUGAGGACUAAGCCUGAUUUUUUUACAGAGGAAGUACCCCAAGUGCGGCCCUCAGAUUUUGAUGAAAUUUUGUAAAACAUAUGUAUCAAUCCUUUGCAGAUGCAACCCAGAUUUUUAGAUCGAAAGUCAGAGAAAAUUGAAGGCGUUUUCCCGAAUUUCGACAAGAAAAGUUUUGUAUACCUACAUACUUCUACCGCAAAUGGAAAAGUCAUUCUCAAAAAUUAUCCUUGGUCCAUUUUACCAUAGCUUUUUUCUAACGUUCAUUUUUCCACAGGUGCGCCCUAGUCCCCCCUUUAAAAAAGUUAGGUGCUCUCUUUGCUCAGUGCCCUGUUUGGAUCGAAUCUUCUUAUCUCGCAUUUUCAGAAAAAUAAUGGUUUUUGGUUCGCAAGUUGGCUAAGAUUCAGUAUUUUGAGGCGAACGUAGGCAAAAUUCCUUUUAUUUAUACAAAAAAAUAUAUUUUCUCCAUGUGAAAUUGGCAGAGAUACGGUCAAAAUCCUUACCGACUACCCUUGCAAAGCGCGAGCUGAAAUGUUUAGAAAUUGAUGUGUGGUCAGUGUUGUGCCUCAAAAACAUUUUGAAGGAAAGGUCAUGCUUGACGAGCUAUCUUUGAAAGAAACCGGAUAAGGCGCCGGAAACGUCGGUGCAUUAGUCAUGUUGCGACAUGCAAUGCUUGUUUCAAGGCUGUAAUUAGAGCAUGUAGAAUAGAGGGUUGUGCGCUUGACAUAAACUCGAAGUACGCGUUUCUCUAUUAUGUUCUCAUUUUGCUACGCCAUGAGAAUUUUAUGGUUCAAAGAUUUUUGCAGAUUAAUAAAAAAGUGGGAUUCGUGGGAAACUAUAUAAUUGGGGAAGUGCUGCAAGUGAGAUGUUCAGAUUUCGAUGAAACAGGGCGCAAAUGUACUUUAUGUACAUGCGCCAAUGUACAAUCAUCUUUAUUGUGUUACUGAGCUGUUGGAAAAAUAUGACACUUUGUUGCGAAUUUUGGCAUGAAAAGUUUAAAGCCUGUUUCUACAUACUGUAGAAGGCAAUCUUUCCACAAAAAAAUCAUUAUUUUCCGCAAAGAUAUAGCCAAAAAGUCUUUUCUGACCGGUCUCCGCGUGACACGUGCUCUCUCAGCCCAAAGAUCGUUCAAGAUGUAGACUUUACACCUGUUUGUUCUACAGUAGGCGUAAUGGGUAACGCUCCCACAAAAAAUGAUUUUUUUUGACGCAAGCCUAGCAAACAUCUUUUCGGGCAUAUUUUCCAUUCUGAGCGGAAAAAUUUUAUUUUUCGUAUGAACACAAAGAUCGUUGAAAAUUUCGGCCGUGCCUGUAAAGUGGCCGACAUUUUGCGGCCCCAGAUCGAUGUCAAGUUCGGGCUCAGACUUUCAGGAGAUGAUAUCAGGCCUAUGUCAAAUGUCUACGCAAAAUUCGUAGAAAACCUGAGCGUCAAGUACUGGGACGCUUUCCAUGUAAAUCCUUUCUUCUAAAUUUUUUACAAUUUCAAUAUCCCUUUGGCUUUAAAAUUGAGAAAUAGCGACUUUUUUACAAUAACUUUUCUUUCUCUCAUUACGCCCUCUAAUCUCUGCUCUGCUUAUUAAUCCCUUUUAAGGGCAUUUCAAUUGCUCUGCUUAAUAAAGGCAUUUCGAAGCCACCAACUCCCACCUCUUAUCUCUUCAAUUCACAUUGCCCAGGGGGAUUUUUAGACAACAUGUCUGACUAAACCUAUUUUUUAGUGACAAAUGUCAAACUUGAGUCUCGCCGCGAAAGCAGGAAGACAUUUGACGCACUUUUUGCGGAAGCUCGGAGUUUUAAUUAAAGUUCCCUAUGAUGGGGAAAUUGUGGGAGGAUUCCUUAUUCAAUGGUGUCAAUGCGAUAAAAACUUUCAAUUUCCGUUGUUUAACUGUCUCAACAGUUGAAGCAUUCCAUUCUCGGUGCCGCGGGGGCGUAGCUGGCCGAAAAAUAAGGUGUGACAUGUGAUACGAUGAGAAAUAUUUGAAUGUUGAAAAAUGGGGUGUGACAUGAUAUACGGCGGAAUAGCGGCUAAAUUUUUUAGGGAUGAUGUUGGACUAUUGGUUAUCAAUAACAUAUACAUACUAGAGUGUUUCAAAUGAACAAUUUUUAAAAUUUUAUAAAUUUUUCAUCGUUGAACAUGUCACACCCUAUUUUUUCAAUCUUCAAAAUGAGGGGGAGUCUUCAAAAAGGGGCUUGUUCAUUCAGAAGGACUGGUCAAAAAAGGUGAAUAUUCAGCACUUCCUUUUCAGCCUAAAGUGAGCUCUUUAGACCAUCAAGACUACAGCGUCAUUUAGACAGGUCUUUUUUGCAAAGCUAGUACGUUGUACAGAGUUCCACUGGAUUGUACCUCUUUGUUCUUUUUUUCGCCAGAUUGAGUGUGUACUUCCUUUUUGUACGCAACAAUACAAAAUAUUCAAACCGCGUGAUUUCCGAAAACGGGUUUGUAGUCUUCCCAGUAAAGGGUAAUGAGCUCUCUAGAGUAUACAUAAGUCAAGAGAGAAUAUACUACAUAAGACUAUGUAUAUAUAAUACUCCAAUUUUAGAACUACAUUCGUAAUCGGGCCAUUUUGUAUAAUAGAUAUCUCGAGGUUUUACUGAGAUGGUGUCAUAAUAACAAUUGGAGUAGAUAUCAAUUCAAGUAUUCAAGUCUUCAUGCGCUUGGCAGUGACAUUUUUUGGACUGUGGCCCUUUGUUGGGAAAUCGGCAAGACUGGGCCUAAAACUUUUUUCAUCGUCCGCUCUCUGCGUUUGCCGUACUCUCGCGGCCCCAAGGAUCGUUGUAAAGCUGGAGCUAAAACCAUGAGGAAUCGAGCCUAGGCAUGGCUCUGGCUUUACAAAAUUUUCCGGCCCGGGAAAUUUUUUUUGUAUUUUAUUUUUGCCGCCCGGCUCCGGGCUUUGAUUUUCAGGCAUGGCUUCCGGACCGGGCCCAAGUUUCAGCCCGUCAGCUGGAUCUCAGAACGAGCUUUCGCUUCGAGGCCGGACCGAAGCAAAAUUGAAACGGACCUGGCCGGGUUGACCUCUUCCGGCCGCGGGCCUUGCAUUUUUGCCCCGGUCUGGCCGACGAGCCAUGUCUAUUUUCAGGCUAAUCCCAGCCCAUCUUUAAAGGAAAGGAAAACAAAAACAUCCGGUCUUCCUCCAGAAAAACAAAAAUAGAAUUCCGAGAGUUUCUUUUUUUUUCAAAAAAAAAACCCGGACAUUUUCUCUUGGCAUUCAAAAAAUUCUGGGGCAUUUUUCGCAGAAUGGAAAUUUCCAAACUCAAUCAAUUACACAAGAAAUUUUACCCGGGCCGGUAUUAAAAUUUCCUGGCCAAGACUCGGGCCAGGCUGGAAAAUUUUCCCCGGAUUGCAACCAUGCUUAGUUGAGGCUACGUCUAACAUGUGUACAAAACUUGUAGAAGAUCCAAGGAUCGCACUUGGAAGCCUUCCUUUGUUCGCCUAAUUUUUGAAUCCUACAUAUGCUACCAUAUUUCCGCGGAUACAAUUUGAAAGAAUAGAGCUUAAUCCGCUUAUUGGCAUCAUUUUUCAUUCAAAAACUUCUUCCUCCAGCCUUCAUUCUCUUCAUUUUCUAUAAAAUUUUCGGUCUUAAUGGUCUUUCCUCGCUUUAAAAUUCGAUUUUCAAUUCUUCUCUAAAUCUACUUUGACUUUUUCUAACCAUUGUGAGGUACGUCUGAUACGUACUGCUGUUAAACAAAUACACGUUUUUUUUUCUAUAUGGGGACGCCCUCGCAUUACAUUUUGCAUGAAUACGUACACACGUGUCUCUACCAUUUCUGAGCCAGCAAUUAUCGAUCAGAGUUCAUUUCGGCAGACUGACGUUGACAUGCGCAUUCUAAAUAGGGCUCUAGUCGUUGGAAAUUAUAGUUUGGACCCGAGGAAUCAAACUAGCCUUUUCCAGAGGCCAUAAAAAAUGUGGCUUAGGCAUUAUAUUAGGAUAGGGAAAGAGCGCAAAGUGCGACGCUCAGAUUUUCAUGAAAGCCGGCAUAAGUUUAAUUCAAUUUUUUUGAGGAAAUAUGCCGACCGACAAGGUCGCGCGUUGUCAAAACAACCGAGAUUUUUAAGCCGUAAGUUGGCGAAAAAACGAUUUUUUUUGCAAUAUUUGUCAGGAAAAUUUUAUGGAUGUUUUUACCGUAGAGUGUAAUGUUUUUUUCAAAAAAUCAAUUAAAAGUACACAGCAAAUUUUGCCAUUUUUUAUGUUUGUUUUCAAAAAAAAAAAUUUUUUUUUGACCAAAGACUCUAACAAAAUGAUUCAGCAAAAACUGCUUUGCCCUUUAAAGUUGAUUUUGAUCCCGGAAAAAUAAGUUUGUUAUAUAUUUUUAACAGAAUUUGGCGUGAUUCUUACAUUUUUAUGUAGGCUUUAGAAAAAUAUUUUUGUCGCUUUUAUCGUCACGCUUUCGAAAAAAGUGCAUUUUUUGUCUAUAGAAAAAUAAAGAAUACAAAUUCUAUGUUCAUUGUUAAUCAUAUCAGAUUCACACUUUAAUCCGAGUGGAAAUUUAAUGAUUUUUAAUGUGCAUGGUGUCACCACGGCAUGGUUAGUAUGGGGCCCAUUUUUCGUAUAUAUAACACCACCAAAUUUUUUUUGCACAGUGCGGAUUUUUUAUUUUUGUCAUCGCACGGUGCAAUUUCUUUUUUGCACCGCACGUCAAACUGAGGAGUCCGGUGACCGGAAUAGACUCUUCGCUAUCGGGUUUUUACACUUCGUCUUGAUUUCGCAGAGAAAGAGAGAAAAAAGACACGCAAAGGCGUACUCUCUCGCCCCAAAAAUUCCCCAUUUCUUCCCCGACGAAACGUUUUUUCGCGUAUUUUUUUGGCAAAUUGCCAAUCCAUUCACCGGACUGUUUUAGCUUAUCUCAGUUUGACGUGCACUGUGCAAAAAUACUUCUUUUUAAGCUAUCUUUCGCAAUCGCACAGUGCAAUUAAUUUUUUCGCACUGUGCGAAAAUAAUUUUUUCAACUAUAGCGGACGAUUUUUUUACCGUGAGAAACAACUUGUUGAAAAUAAAAAUUUUGUAUAAUACGUUUGCACCGCUGAGAAAAGUCUUAAACUUCCUUCUUCUUUCGCACAGCGCAAAAAAUUCUGUUUUUUAAAUUUGAUAAUGAACAAAUGAAACUCUCUUACACGUUCUUUAUUUUCUGCCCAAAAUUUGUUUUCCCUCCCUGCUAAACUCCUUUCUUAUUUUUCACAGUUUGGGUCUCGAUAAACAUGACAAACAUGGCACCAGUCAUGCUUGUUUUUGCGCCUAAUUCUUAGAAUUUUGAACAAAAAAUGUGGGCUUCCUACAUUUUUGACAUUUAUUUUUUUUAAAUUUAAUUGCGCUAAAAAACAUUGGAAUUCUCACGUAAUUUGUAAGGGGCGUAUCACAAGGGCAAAUUUCAGAUUUUGUUUUAUAAAAUUUGCGCAUUCUUUGGACAUAGGCCACGUAAGAAAUUCCGAAAUUUUUAGACCUGAUCUAGUGGCAAAAAACGUAUCAUUUUGCAUCCGGGAAGUACAAAAAAUGUGGCAAAAUGCUUCCUUCUCCAAAUGAAAAAACUCCGAUUUCAAAAGCGCGCUCGCUCUUUUGGUGAGGGAAAGGGCGCGCAGUCCAAAACGGAGUUUAUUUUUUAUUAGUUGGAAAGGGAAGCAUUUUGCCGCAUUUUUGAUGCUUCCUGCAUGCAAAAUGAUACGUUUUUUGCCACUAGAUCAGGUCCGUCACUGAAUAUCUUUGCGGGUGAGAGAUUGUGCGAAACGCGGAGAGCGGUUAGAGAGGAAUUUUUUCGUCAUAUCUUUGCCAGUUUGGCGCGGAAAAAAUUGAUUUUUUUGUGGAAAGAUUACCCACUAUGGUACAAAUAAAUAUGACACCUUUUAUGCCAAAAUUCGUAGAAAUUUUAUCAUUGUAAAAGUCUUACAUAUUUCUUUAAAAAUAAAUUCCAAAUGUAGCCAUUUAGCGUAUACACCUCUAAUUAGUGCGAUUCAAAACUAAAAAUGUUGAAAUUAAAAAAAAAAGACACUUGCGGCAACCGCUUUGCGGGCCAUUAUAUAACACAAAUUACGAUGUUUCGCCGUAGUCUACGUACAGUAAGACCUGAUCCAGUGGCAAAAAACGUAUCAUUUUGCGUCCGGAAAGUAUCAAAAAAUGUGGCAAAAUGCUUCCUUCUCCAAGUGAAAAAACUUCGUUUUGAAGAGUCGUCACAAAAAGGGCGGGCGCGCUUUUAAAGCGGAGUUUUUCACUUUAUAGAGGGAGGUAUUUUGCUACAUUUUAUGAUACUUCCUGGAUGCAAAAUGGCACGUUUUUUGCCACUGGAUCAGGUCCCCCAUGUAGUGUGAUAGAAAAAUUUGCGACAUCUAACUAGCAAUUCAUCGUUUGAAUUUCUUGUUGUAAGCAGAUGUUAAACUCGUCUGUCGGGAAAAUAAUGAGAACAAUGUCGUUGGGUCGAUCGUAUCGCUGAAGUGAAAAGCAAUUUGAUUUUUUCGCGACACCUUUAAUUUCUCGACGGUGAUCCGAUUUUCGAUGCAACAGAGUGCUCAUUAUUUUCCCGAUCGUCAGAUAGUAUCUACAUUUGGCCUGAUUUACCGUAUUUUACAUUUUUUUAAAACUCAUUUUUCAUUUUCAUCACGUUUUUGACCCCUAAAAUCACAUUUUUUCAGAUGAAUGUCUCGGAACAAACGUAUUCCGAAUGGCUGGCGCAGAAAGACGAACCAAACUCUCUUCGAAUAUCGCUAUUUUUAAUCGAGAUUGUGCUGCAUGUCGGAACAAUCGUAACGAAUAUUGUAUUUAUAAUUUGCGUCUCUCAAACCUCAACUUUCCACAAGAAUCUCAAAUUAAUGUGUGUAAAUAAUCAUGGCAUCCUGGUCGCGGGGGUAAGUAAUGUUUUUUCAUCUGUUUGCAUAGCAAGGUUAACUUUUUUCGGAUUUUGACAUUUUCGCACGGUGCAUUAACUCAAUUUUUUUGAUUUUUUGCACAGUGUAGCCAAAAAAUGGAAAAAAAAAUUUACUGCACUGUGCAAAAAGAAUUGAAAAGUUGACCGCACCGUGCAAAAAAUUAUUCGGACAAAAUUUUACUGCACUGUGCAAAAAAUGAAAAAAAAAUUUUUGAGUGCACCGUGCAAAAAUUGUUCAGACAAAAGUUGACUGCACUGUGCAAAAAAAAAUUUUGGAAAAAGGUGGCUGCACCGUGCGCAAAAAAAUUUCGGAAAAAGUUGACUGCACUGUGCAAAAAAAUUGGAAAAAGUUGAAUGCACCGUGCCAAAAAAAAAUUUGGAAAAAGGUGACUGCACCGCGCAAAAAAAAUCGGAAAAAGUUGACUGCACCGUGCAAAAAAAAUUUUCCGACAGAAUUUGACUGCAUUGUGCAAAAAAAAUUGUAAAAGUUGUUUUGAACUGCACCAAAAUUAACAGUUUUGAAUUCUACCAACUUGCCUAAUGCCCCGUUUAUUCUCUUUUUUCAGGCUACCAUUCGAAUGGCAAUUGUGAUCAACAUAAUUUCCUUUGAUUUUUUUUUCUCCUGCCAACAAAAAACCUAUCUAAAUAUGAUCCGAGGUACUCUUAUUGUUGCAACAAAGUUCUCGUAUUUAAAUGUGGUGGCCGAAAGGGCGGUGGCGACGAAAAAAGCGGCUCGAUACGAAGGGAGUGGGUUCACUUCUGGAGUCGUGAUUCUCGUGAUUUGGGUGAGCUUUUUGAAUACUUUUUGAGGUUUUUCGAAUUUUUUUGGAUUAAAAAAUUUUUUUUUAUUUUUAGUGGACACUAUGUGGCCUAUUGGGAAUCUUUGAACGUAAGUAAAGUUUUAUUUUUUUUCAUGAUUUUGCUCAAAAAACGGAAAACUUUUUAUUUUUUUUUCUUUUUUCAGCGCUUUUAUUCAUUGUGAUCGUCAGCCUGAUCCUGCCAGCCAUCUCCAUAAUCCUCAUGGAGAAAUACAACAAGCGCCAGUACCACUCUCUCCCUCAAAUGGCCAAGUCUUUGUCGGCGCGCUAUCAGAUCGUGGAGAACAUUCGGACGCUCAGAAUGUUUCGCCGAUGGUCCUAUUUAUAUGUUGUUGUCAUCUUCCUCGAGGCAAUUAUGCUUUUUAUGAAUGUUUCGUUGGUCUUGCCUCGAGGCAUGAUAUACGAAUGGCGGCUGAUUUCGAAUCUAUACGAUAUGUUAUUCGUAUCGUACACACUGAUAUGCCCGUUGUUCUUGAUACGAGCACAUCCGCAUCUUCAGAUCGCGUUCGAGUAGGUUAAUUUUAUUUUUUGAGCUUUUUGCACCGUGCAAAUUUUUUUUUGUUUUCGCACUGUGCAUUUUUUUCCGGCUGCACUGUGCAAUCAAAUUUCAUUUUUUUCGCACAGUGCAGAGAAGAAGGUUGGAUGCACUGUGCAAAAAAAAUUCAAACUUUGCACUGUGCAAAAUCCAUUUUUUUAUUUUCGCACUGUGCGGUUUUUCCGACUGCACUGUGCAGUAAAUUUUACUUUCCACGCACAGUGCAGAGCCUUUACACAUUGUGAAAUUUUUUAUCGUAUCCGACUGCACUAUGCACUCAAUUUCAAAUCUUUACACAGUGCAAGAAAUUUUUGUUUAUUUUUUUGCACUGUGCAAAACCAAAAGUUUUAUGCACUGUGCAAUUUUUCUCAUAUCCGACGGCACUGUGCGCAAAAAUUUUAAAUCUCCGCACAGUGCAAGAAAUUUUUAUUUUUUUCCCGCUGCACUGUGCAAUAAGAUUUUGUUUUUUUCGCACAGUGCAGAGGUAAAAUUUGGAUGCACUGUGCUCACAAUUUCAAAUCUUUGCACAGUGCAGAAAGAAAGUGGUUGCACUGUGAAAUUUUUAGCAUAUCCAACUGCACUGUGCACAGAAAUUUCGAACUUUUGCACAGUGCAAGUAAGUUUUAUUUAUUUUUUCCGCUGCACUGUGCAAAAAUCAAAAAUGAUCGCACAGUGCGCCAAUUUUUUUAAAAAAAUUUCUUCAAAAUUUUCAAUUUCAAAAAAUCCAAUACAUAAAAUACUGUCCAAACCAAUCUUAUUCAUCCAUUUUUAGCCGACUUUUGUACGGAAAAACGACAUCCAAACGCUUCCCGCGGGACGUCAGCCAAAAAUACAUUCACCAUGAGGACGCGAACGCCUAUUUCGAGCGACUGCAUUCCACGUGGCAACGACAUAUGAGUGCGUAUUAG